AUGGCCGACGACACGAGACGGAUACCCACAACCACAUCCGACGCUGCAUCAUCCAGCGACCCUAAUGUGCGGCAAUCGGGCACGAAGUACGAAAGUUUUGUCCCCGCCGCAUCAGGCGACAACCCCAAUGUUAUGCCUGGCGGGACACAGCACACGGCCGGCGGCGAGAAAAUCGGGGGAGUGAGCCUGUCGGAUGGAUUCAAGACAAUUCAGCCCAAGGACUUCCUUGAGAUCCACAAGUAUCCCUGCGUUAGGGAAGCUAUCUUAACGAGCAUUGGCACUGGCUUCGGCACGGGAGGGUUGAUGGCCAUUUGGGGCAAGAGCAUCGCGAAAUCGUGCAACUGGGCAGCCGGCGUUUUCGUCUUUACAUCCAUGGCAUCUUACGAGUUCUGCAAGCAGAAGCAGAGAUUGGAGCGGGAAGGAAUGGCCAGGGCGGUCGAAAUCAUGGACAGAAAGCGGGAAGAAAAGCGGGCAAAGAGGCAAGAAAUCAUUGCAGCACGGCGGAAGGCCAAGGAAGAGAGCGACAGGCUGGAGGAGGAGCGCAUGAACGCUGCGCAGAAGCCGUGGUGGAAGGUUUGGUGA